CGCUCUAUAACAAGCUAAUAACAACGUCAAACGUUGUCGCCACUCCGUCAUUUCCAACCCACCGAGCUAAGUGCUGGCGUGCCGCCAAUGACUCGAGGCAAAGGCGGAGACGUGCCCAUCUUGGAAGCUGACCGUCUUGGACGCACGUCCUCUGUCUCAGUGGAUGUUCAUGGCGGACAAUUCGAUGCGGCCUCUAGCCCUCCACACAGACGCAACGUCAUGCUACGAGACGCCGCGACUGGCUAUUCAGACCGCCUGAUGCAUGCAUACAAACAGAAGGACCGCAUUCUAGCUACGGCUGAAGGGCGUGAGGAGGAACUGCAUGCCUACAGCCAAGCGUCUGGCAAGUGGCGCUUCUACCGCACAUUGUGCCAAGUGCGCUUCGGUUACCUUUCGUUUCUGGUGGUCAUGAUGGUGCUCAUGUUCUCGUUCACGCUGCUGAUGGAGAUUUUCUUCGCCAUUUUCCUUCCCAGCGCUAAAUAUGAUGAGUACUAUACAGUGCGAGCCGUGAUCUCUUUGAUUCUACUUCCGGUGGUGCUGUUCUUCCUGUCCUACGCUUUCGAAGAGGCCUCGAGACUCUUUGUGGACGCACUCAACAAGUCGGACGGCUCGCUGCCAAACUUUCGCCUGGCACUGGCUGUUGUGAUUCACUAUCUUCGUCAUCGAACGGAAUUAGUGGAGCCAGAAGGAGCGGACGAUCAACCUAUUGAAGAGACCGACACGCAAGGAAUUGGCGAGCUGCGGAGAAGUCUUACGAGUAUAAUUCCUGGUGGACUUCUACGGGCGAGGGGAUCGUUGCUACUUACUGCAAAAAAUGAUCCGUUCUUAGACGAUGAUAAAGAGGAAGAGGACGAGGCCUGGGAGCGCAAGAAAGCGGCCGAGGAGAAGCAAAAGGAUGUGUUGGAAGCGCGCGCUGCGGGGAUAGGUGAAGGCGUACCAAAAAGAACUGCUAAAGACCGAUGGAAACGUAUUCAGGCCGCUGUGAAAACCACUCUUCUUAUCAAGAAGGUGCAGGACGAAGGUCCAGCUAUCGAUUUGUCUACUUUUGUCGUUGUGGACAUUGUGUGUCCUGUGGUCUUCGAGGUUUUGACGGCGGCUUCAAUGGUGAUCAAGUUCAUGGCAACUUGGUCAAUGUCGGACGCGUUCUUGGCCUACGUACAGAUGGGCUUCUGGUGUGUCGGAGGGUAUUUGAUGCUUUGGAUGAUAGCGCACUUUUGGAGUAGCCGUAAUGGAAAAAUGCGCGUUAUUGUAAGCAAUUAUCGUCGUCGUAGACGCAUCAUGCGGCGAGCAGUCAGUGCUCUUGAACGGAAAAAGCGUGCCGAGCACCUUUGGCUGUUGGAUGUUGGUUUUCGCUUUGUUCAUCACGUCGGAGUCGCGUUACACCCUACGCGUUGGAUCUGUUUCAGUAAGUCAAAGAAGGACAAGAAGAGGCGAGGCAAGACACCUACUGAUGAGAUCACUAUUCCCAUUGCGUCAGCUUGUGGCCCCGAUCAAGCAUCGACUACGUCUACAGCCACUGGUGUAGAAGCCGGCGCCGAUACAGGAAGAUCCCACGCUACGUCAGUGUAUGCCUCACGCCUCCAGCACAUGCGAGAAUUCCGAGCGUGGGCACAUGCACGCAAUCCAUGGCACAACUUGUCGUUAAACGUCCGUGCUGUGAUUUUGCUGGUGCUAGUGAUUGGAUCUGCUUUGCUAUCGUUGGAGUCAUUCUUUAUCGGCUGGCCAGUUAUGGGUAUAUGCUUGAUUGCCUUGAGCUCCGUCGUACAAAGGCGAUUCCCUCAGAUUUUCGGUCGUGCAUUUCGAAAGUUCAUUUCGGCUUUCGUGGUCGUAUCGCUCAUUUUCUUCUCAUCAUCGUUUAUCAUCGGCACUUUUGUAUCGGGUGGCGCUUUCAAGCUGGGAACGUUUGAUAAUUCUACUGCGCUUGUAUCAAGCGAGCUCAACACUACCCACGGGAUAUCUGCUUCAAUUACCAUGAACGGAAAAGUGAUCAACUUCGAUGAUACGUCCGAGUACGCCGCUUGUAGCAUCAGCUACCGAGGGCUGUCGGUGCUGGAUUUGGCGUUGAUAGCAGACGCCGCGUAUGGCACAACUACAGACAUCCAGAAGUCUGCGCUUGAAAAUCGAUUCAACGGAACGGAGCUAGAUGACUGGAAGUAUGUGGCACGCAACAACGAAAGCACAGAUGGCCAAACCUGGAUGGAGAUCUACUUUCCAACAGUGAACAUGACGGUCAUCUCGGUGCGUGGUACAGCAUCUGCAACUGAUGCUCUCGAGGAUAUGCACUUUUGGUUCGGAAUAUGCAUCAUGCAGGCCAUGAAUGUCUUUAUCCCGUUCUUAAAGCAGCUGCCUCGCCCGUUCGUGGUGAGAUUGUUGUCCAUGCGUCUUAUCGCUAGCGUGAUGCCGUCACCUGUGUAUACAGACGUGCUGAAUCACGCUAUAGAUACACGUUCUCGUGUAGGGAAUAACCUUGUGAUCACUGGACACAGUCUGGGUGGAGCCAUUGCUGCCAUGAUUGGGGCCAAGACCAAAACGAGCGCUGUUUCCUUCUCAGGGCCUGGGCUACUGUACUCAUUGGGACGCUUCGAUAUCACCGCUCAAGACGUCCGUGACUACGUAUUAACUAUGAAACCCAGAAAGGAUAUUGUACCUCAGGUGGACGAGCUCGGGGGGUUAGUUCAGGAGAUUCGCUGCAAGAAAUCGUCUCCCAUGGGCUGCCACAGCACGAGCACCCAUCUGUGCGAGCUGUAUUUUUCCUGCGGCGAUCCAAGGCAGCGCAACUGGUCUACAAACCAGCAGUGCAUCGCAUACAAUGCGCUUCCAUCAGAUGACGAUGACGACGAAGAGUAGUUGUCGAGUGCAAAUGAAGCAUUGUGGUUAAGAUUGAAUGUAAAUGUUGAAUAUAAAACACGACUAAUGAAAUAGGGCAUGACCCACGUUCAUCUGGCUGUGCUCCACUCGUUCAGCUCGA